CUGACAUUUCAUUCAUUCAUUGCCCAUAGGUCCCUAUCUCCCGGGGGCCGCAUGGACCGCACGGCGGAGGCCGGAGGGACAUGAGAGCUGCUGGCAAUCGGAGAGCCACAAAGCCACGCUGUCGCUUCAAAUCAUUUCGAUUCCUCUUCUUCUUCUUCUCCACGAUCCAUUCCUCGCCUUUCUUCCCCGCUUCAGCGGAAACAGGUUCCUUGACUCCACAUUUUCUUGAAAAUCUUUGCUCCUCGGCCUGAUCCUCUUCAGCUUGUAUCUUCUUCGAGCAAGAUCUAUACACUAUGGCAAAAACUAAUGGAAUUAUCUAUUCUUCUUCAAUAAUACCUCAGCGUCUCAAAAUAUAUGCCAAAACCCAAGCUAAUGGGCAUAACAAACAAAGCUUCUGGCGAGCUUAUAGAAAACAAAAUGCUGCUACCCAAGGAUCUUCUCUAUUGUGCCAUUCUACUGAAACUCACCAUGCUGAAACAAAAGAAUGUGUCAGGGAGUAUCAUGAUUGUUCAGACACAUCCAGUAUGCAACGAGAGGAGAAACAUCUAGCCCUGCUUGGAAAACAUAUUAAUGCAAGUCAGGGAUUAGCUGAAGCUUGCAAGUUUGUUUACAAUGAUGCAAAAUAUGUGAAUGAAAGGGCUAAAAAUGACAUCAUAUUGCUUUAUCGUGGCAUAAUGACGUUGGAUGCUCGUGCCCGCCAAGACAUUGCUUUUCUUGGUUCUGAAUUUCUUAAGGUUGAUGCCCGGGCUAGAGAAGACACUGAAAAAAUUGACCAUGAUGUCAAGAAGAAAGCUGAAAGGCUUCAUCAUGUUGCCACAAUUCUCAAGAACAAAGCUGAAUCAAGACUGAAAAAUGCUGCAGAUAGGCAUUGGAGUGAUGGCGCCUUGGAGGCUGAUUUGCGCCGUGCUGAUUUUGUUGCCAAGCAACGUGCAUUGGGAGAUGCUCUAAUGGCUUUGGAGUUUAUCAAAAACAUUCAUGACAUGAUGUUGAACGAAAUGAGCAAUUUGAAUAGAAUUUCUCUUGAUGCCGACAAGAUGACUCAGCACAUAACACUUGAGAAGAAUGGGAAAUGUCUUGAAUUUCUUCAUGGAGAAAUGUCUGCUGAGCGUAUUAGUGCUAUACAGGAAGCUUAUUGGGAUAUAGCAUCUGCCCUAUCUGAAGCUGAUGCUGUUGACUACACUGAUCCUGAAGAGCUGGAGUUGUUAGUUGCCACACUAAUAGAUCUUGAUGCCAUGGAUGGUAAAAGUAGUGUGUCUCUAUUGGCCGAGUGCUCAAAUUCUCCUGACGUGAAUACAAGGAAAGCAUUAGCUAAUGCACUAUCGGCUGCACCAUCUAUGUGGACUCUGGGUAAUGCAGGGAUGGGAGCUUUGCAGAGGCUUGCAGAAGAUAGUCACCCUGCCAUUGCCGCGGCAGCAUCCAAAACCAUCAAAGAAUUGAAGAGGCAGUGGGAAAUCGAGGAGGGAGACAACUGGCGGUUCAUGGUUAACAAUUAUUCACCACAUGAUGAUGAUGUUGAUGAUCAUGAUGAUGUAGUAGACAGCUAAUACUCUGGUAAUAGUCUGUCGAACACCCAAACAUAAAUAAUUAACUUCAGGGAUGACACCAAGAUUGAGACAAUCACACACAGACAAUUGAUGUCAUGUUUGUGAGAACCAAUUGUUAGUGACACACUAGCCAGUGUUAACCUUGGUGUCAUCCGUGAUAUGUUUGGAGCAAUGACCCAAUAAAUCAACUAACGGGAGAUUGUGCUUAACAACUCAACUGUGUAUAGAUACAUUGUGUAGGGGAUUCUUGUUAGGUCUGGCUAAGGCUAUCUGAUUGUGCUUUAGGAUUGCAAUUCCAAAUGUCACACAACUUGGAAUUUUUUUAAAGUACUAUUGAUUAUAUUACAACGUAGUAUUUUUUCAUACUUAUUUUUUUCAACUUAUUAAAGCACGUUCUCGUUG